AUGGGAGGCAAGAAAGGAGGCGCCGGUGAAAACACCAAAAAGGUUGCUGGCAACGCCCGCAAAGCCGAGGCUGCCGCUGGAAAGAAGGCCGUUGAGAACGCGAAGGUUGCAGCUGAGGAGGACAAGCAGUGGUCCAAGGGCUCAAAGAGCAGUGCUAAGAAGGAGGACGCCGAAGCCAAGAAAGCCGAAGCUGCCCGCAAGAAGGCUGAGCGCGAUGCCCAACUCGCCGAAGAGGAGGCUUCCCAGCCCGCCAAGGCCAAGGGUGCCAAUGCGAAGUCGGCCCAGAAGAAGACUCGCGGUCUCGACCUCUCCCAGCUGGACGACGAGCCCGGCAGCAAGAAGGGCUCUUCUCUCAACGCCUCCGGUAUCGACAAUGCGCUGGAUGCCCUGUCUCUGACGAACAAGGAUACCUCCAAGGUGGAGCGACACCCGGAGCGCCGAUUCAAGGCUGCCUACGCUGCCUACGAGGCUCGUCGCUUGCCCGAGAUCGAAGAAGAGAACCCCGGCCUGCGCCGACAGCAGCGUAUGGAUCUUUGUCGCAAGGAGUUCGAGAAGAGUGAGGAGAACCCCUUCAACCAGGUGCACGUCAAGGUCAAUGCCACCCGGGAUGAGAUUGCUCAGGUCCGGGACCAGGAGCGCAACAAGACCGAGGCUCGCCUGGGCAAAUAG